AUGACAUAUACCGCCUCCAUAGAGGGUCAAGAGCCCAUGGGCUCUUCCAAGGAGACAGAGAAGGAGGUCAGGGAGGAUUUGGGAGAAAUGACUUCCGAGGCCAUCAUUGCUGAAGCGCUUGCCUCUGCCCCUCGAAAUGCCCUCCUCCGACAUCCUCUCCUUCGCAAACCCUACUUGAUAGCCUAUGUCCUCUUUGCGCUCUUCUUCUACCUCCCUUACUGGACCCUUCUUUACCUGUCCCCCGCGAACCGUCCGCGCGCAUCAUGGACGCUUCAGCGGUGUCUGAGGGUGAGAUGGUCUAGGGCUCUAUGUGCUUUGGUAGCGCGAUGCGAGGUGGACUACCUCGGUCGGGACUUGAAUCUAGACCUGGACCCCCUCCGACUGUCCCACUCCCACCCACUCGACAUCCCUCCUGCACCCCCUACUCACCUGGUUGGACACCCCGCCGAGACUCUGGCCGAGCUACAUCGGACCCGAGGUGCCUGGAUCCCAAAGAUGGUACAUCGUUCUAACCCCGAUGCUGAGGCGGCGUGGGGACGAUGGAAUGACGUCGGCGAUAGGCAGAAGGAGUAUGGGUUUGAGGCGGUCAAGGGGUUCUGGUUCGCUGGAACCAAAGAGAGACCUACCAGCUCGCUACCACCCCGCCAACCCGGCGAUCCCGUCGGUAUCCAUUUCCACGGUGGUGGCUACCUCUGCGGUACAGCGGCCGAAACGGAUCUCACCUCUUCCAUCGCCAAAGCCCUCGUCGCGCACUCACCCAUCCAUCAUAUCCUUGCGGUCGACUAUCGGCUCGCACCCACUUCCCCAUGGCCCCUCCCCCUGCUCGACGCGAUAUCCUCAUACCACUACCUCGUCCACGUCGAAGGGGUCCCCGAGGGGGAUAUCAUACUCAUCGGAGACUCCGCAGGCGGACAUCUCGCCCUCGCCCUCACGCGCUGGCUUCGGGAUUCCGGCGCCCAGCUCGGCUACUCUGGCCCGAAAGGCCUGGUCUUGCUUUCUCCAUGGGUCGACGUAGGCUUCACAACCGCCUGGGGAGAAGGGAAAUACCAUAACGCCUCUUCGGACCUGAUCGACGAUUCAUUUGGCCCAUUCGCUACUUCGCUCCUCCUUCGAGCGCUCCCGCCAUCCCUCAUGCACACAUCGGAGUACCUCUCCCCCGCCUCGCUGCUUAUCCCUUCACACCCCCGGACAUUCGCAGACUUCCCCCCGUGCUACGUCGUCCACGGCACGGCGGAGCGGCUGUCUACAUCCAUCGAGACAUUCUGGUCGCGCCUGCAACUCUCGCGCAAGGCGGACGAGGCGAGGAAGGGCCGACCCGCGUCCACCCCGGAUAAGCACACCGAGGGCGUGGAUUGCGUACAUGAUUUCAUGAUCUUUCCGUGGCAGUCCGAGGAGGCCGCCGAGGUGUAUGCGGAUAUGGACGUCUGGCUCCGAGACUUGCUGUCGGACGACGCGGGCAGCUCGGGCAGCGUGACACCUACUGAUAGCGCGGACGCUAUCACUCUAUCGCCCGAAAUACUCGCGAUGAGUCCGGACCUCAAGGCAGGUAGUCCAAGAUGGGAUCCGACCCGAUCACCCCUCCUCUCUUCGCAUACAGUAGCUCCUCAUCCGUGGUCCAAGAGGGAACGCCGCGCCUCGAGGCAAAGCCUCAAAUCACUCCGGAGUCCGAGUAUGGGCCCGACGCACCCAGGCGUGGGGAGCAUGAUGGGCGAUAUGAGGAGUGAGGCGUGGGGAUAUAUGAACCUCCCGAGCCUGGAUCUGGAUCUGAUCAGUCCCUUGGUCGGGCAGGUAGAGGGUGGGGAGUGGGAUUGGGGGGCGGGAGAGGGAGUGGGGGAGAAUGAGAGUGGAGAAGAAGGGGCACGGAAGGGAACAGGCGAGAGAGGAUGGUAUGAUGUGCAUGAGGAAGAUGGGGAAGGGGGUCACCGGGAAGGUGAGAAGGUGCAGGGGGAGAGUAGGAAAGAACGGUGA